AUGGCUCGCCACACUGCAGCAAUGGUUGUGGCCCGUGGCAUGUUUUCCCCAUUGAGAUGUGGCCACUGCAGGAACUUGGGCAAGCGCCGUCAGAUCAGAAACGCAUCCUCCAAGCGCCCCAAAGUUCAGUCAGCUCGCCUCAUCGCAGAGGCAGGAGCUCAUAGCAACUGGCCACAGGCACUCCACCUCUGGAAAAGCUUCAAAGAUAUCACUGGCUCAGAUCAUGCAGCAGAUGCCACCAUCAAAGCUUUGGGAAGAGGAGUGCAAUGGGAACGAGCUGCCGAAUUCCUGAGCAAACAGAUGGCCUCCUCAGCUGGACAUGGUGUGACCCUGUUGGCCGUUGCUGAAGCAACUGCUUGGAGCCAUUGCCUGUCCAUCCUGAGCACCAUGCAUCUUCGGAGGGUUGAUGCAACUCCAACAUCUUUGAAUGCGACCAUUGUCUCAUGCGGAAGGCGUUUCAUGUGGCAAAGUGCUUUAGACCUGCUCUUCACAUAUGAUCAGCAAGCAAGCCACCAAUCCAUCAUGACCUCAGACUGCGCUAUGGCUGUGUUAACAGCGUUGCAAGUUGCCCACCAAUGGGAACAAGCCAUUGCUAUGAUCGCCACUCUGCCCGAUCCCAACGAAUCUCACAUGACUGCAGUCGUGGAAGCUUGCAAACGUAGUCAUGCUUGGGAGGCAUCCUUGAGAUUCCUUGGGACAGCCAUUGAUCAGAAUGCCUGUGACGCUGCCAUGCGAGCUUGUGCCAUUUCUUCCGAAUGGCAAGCGACACUUUCCUUGUUGUCAAGGCACACUGAGGCUGAGCCCUCCGGCGUCUCUACAGCUCUUUCAGCCUUAGCAAAAGCUAUGCAGUGGCAGCGUGCAAUUCAUCUCUUCAACCAGACUCAACUGCUUUGGACCCUGAAACCGGAAGAAAACCACAGAAAAGCCCAAAAAGGCAAGGAAGAGGAUGACAGCUGGGAGAUCAUCAAGGAUCGUAGCUUGCUACGGGCUUUGGGUGCUGGACAUCUCUGGGAAAGCGCGCUGUUUCAUUUUCAGUCAGCGAAUCCCCAGGAUGCUUGGAAUUUGAGCGCUGCAAUUUGGGCAUGCCAAGUAGCAGGGCAGAGCGUAGCACGUGAGCUUUUAUCUGAGCACUUGCGUCAACACCAGAGAAGGCGAAGCAAGCGUAAGGAGUUGCGUCUGUUGGAACAUUUGUCAAAGUUGAGUGAUCCAGAUGCUGUGCAGAUUUUGGCCUCCAUUGAGGAUUUUUCCAAGGAGAAUCGCUGGCUAAAGGUGGCUGGCGGGGAGAAAGGUCAGAUCUUGGAGUCCAUCAUCAGCCCCGGGGAUCGCGUGCUCGAAGUCGGCAGCUACAUCGGCUUCACCGCGUUGCGCCUGGCACAGCAUGGCUGCGAGGUGGUGACCAUCGAAGCUGAUCCUUUGAACGCGGCAGUGGCACAGGAAAUCGUAGAGAUGGCCAGUUUGGCCACCAUGGAUGGCACCGGCACCCGGGGAUCACAGAUAUCAUCCAGGGUGAAGAUUUGUGUGGGCCGAGCCAGCGAUUGGUUGUCCUCCGGCUUGUUGGAUCCGGUGGAUGUGAUACUUCUGGACCACCGUGGUACCAUCUACCAUGAGGACUUGGAGAUAGCAGAGCCUCUGCUGCGUCCUGGCGGGCGUGUCAUUGCGGACAACGUGCUGCACCCAGGGGCGCCCCUCUUUGUGUACGACGUGAGGGACAGAUACAACCUCCAGGUCCACGUGCUGGAGGAGUUUGGGAUGCCAAACAUCGAGGAUUGGCUUUUCGUUUGCCAUCCUAAGACCCGGCCGUGGCCAUUGCCAUUGCGCAGACGGAUGCAACUGGCCUCCGGUGGCUGUGCGGCCUUGAGACAAUGGGGGGCCGAGGUGAAUCGACUCUGCCACGAGAGCAAGUUUGGGCCAGUGGAUUGGGAGGAAUUUCAGGGCCGCCUCCGGCCCAUGCUCUUGGAAAUGCUUGGUGAUGCAGUGGAAUACCACAUCCACAAGCCAGGAGUUGCUGGAGAGAAUUGA